AUGGACUUCUACGGAACGUAUGGUGGCCUUCUACUUCUUGCCGGAAUGUAUGGUGGACUUUUACUUCGUGCUGGAAUGUAUAGUGGAAUUCUGCUUCUUGCCGGAAUGUAUGGUGCUUCUCGCCGGAAUGUCAUAUUAAAUUAUCCUACCGAGUACCUCGUGUCAAUAUCAGGGUACAUAGGGUCCUAUCUUAAUACACAUCGUGUUGUGACAUCUAUUACAUUACAAAGCAAUAUAAGAAAAUAUGGACCAUAUGGUAAGGAGGAAGGAACGCGUUUUACAAACCCGUCAACUUCUAGUAAGAUUGUUGGAUUCUUUGGAAGGCAGGGUGAUGUUGUUGAUUCGAUUGGAGUGUACAUUAUGCCAAUCCCAAUCCAAACUAUAAUACCUAGUGUUGGUCCAUUUGGAACUACUGGUGGACAGAAGUGGGAUGACGAAACCUACAACACCAUAAGGGAGAUAAGUAUACACUCCGGAUUGUUAAUUGAUUCCAUCCAAGUUGUCUAUAACGAUACUAAAGGACAGCCAGUAUUGGGCGAAAAACAUGUUUGGGGGAACUAUGGACAAGUUGAUAAAAUGGUUGUUAUCCGGUUACUUGGAUUUCAAAGCAACAAAGGAAUAUAUGGACCAUUUGGUGUGGAGGAUGGAGAGAAAUUUGAAUUCCCACCUGAUACUUGUGGCAAAAUCAUCGGAUUUCAUGGAAGGUCUGACAAGUAUCUUACUGCAAUUGGAGCAUAUUACGACAAGUGA